GAUUUGUUUUGGCGUCAUAUGUUGUAUCUCUUGAAAGCAAGAGUGAUCUUCCAUCGAGCUAGCUAAUACAUUUACUUUAUUUUCACACAAUCAAUUAUGUCGCACAGUCACGGAGAAGACGAUUGCUGCUCAGAAGACCACGGGAGUGUUGGCCAAUCGAGAUUGGAGAGUUAUGUAUUCAGUUGUGAAUUAUCCUCCAAAGUACCGUUCUACACUUUCCAAGGGGACGAAGAGGAGGAUUUGGAACACUUUCUCGAGCUACGGACGGUUUGCCUAGGAGAGGGAGCGAAGGAGGAGAGUAAUGUGGUGGAGGUGACCGCUAUGAACCACCAGGGGAAAACUAUCUCUGUACCCGUCGCCAACCUCCAUAUCAACUGCCUGCCCAUGGUGAGUCUUGGGGAGUUUGAGUUGAAGGCCCCCGUCACCAUCAGACUGAAGUCGGGUACCGGACCAGUGACCGUUAGCGGUCUACACCUCAUUGCCUCUGACAAUGCUGACACUGACAUGUCUAGCGAAGAAGAAGACUUUGACGAGGAGAUAAUCCCCAUCAAACCAGCCAAAAAGAAACAGAAGUUGUAAAGGGACUGGAUCUCGUGUCCUGGAUAUAAGAUUAAUAAAUGGGUUUUUAGGGAAUAAAGGCAAGAUCUUCUUGUACCUAUAGGAAAUUCAAAUAUUCUCUAUCCCACUGCAAAGUUGUUUAGGAAUGUGGGAAGAAAAAUACUGGGGGGAAAUUAUGGAUGAAAGGUGCGCGAAUGUGGACCUCAUGUUUGAUCUUUGACUGUAGCCAUGUUUGGGUUGUGGUUACUGAACCAUGUCCAAGGGGUAAGUCUACUCUCUGGCCUGUUGGAAAGAGCUCUUGGUCUGCAGUGUUUUCAGCUGCAGAAAUGUUUUGUUUCAUUGCAAUUGAUUCUUUAAAAUGUAUUAAAUACAAUUAAGAUCCUAAGAUGUUUUUUUUAGUAUUAUUAUAACAAGUGUUUGGUUGAGUGGAGAUGGAUAACUAAGCUUUUAGGAAAUAUCAGGCCGGGAUUCAAUCCGAUUGGCCCUUUUCGGCUAUGUGGAAACCACAUUGACGGUGAACGGUGCAUAUGUCGGUUCAAUCGGAAAUGACCUUUUCAAUGUCAAUGAUCUAAAGCUGAUCGGAAUGAAUCCCUGCUAUAGUUUCCUAAAUACUUUUUCAUGGUUACAGCACCAGCAAUUGACUGAAUUUUUUACUCCUGGCUUUCAGGAAAGUUACCUUUUUGUGGGUGAAAGUGGAAUAUACAUUCAUGUUUGCAUGCUAUCGUUUAUUUGGAAAACAUAUUAAACCUAAUUGUAAAUGGGGUUUCCAGGUUGGUGGGGAAGGGGGUUGGAGAGGUGGGUGUUAAUGUAUUGGUGUUUUCCUUGCUCUUCUGGCUGGGUUGGAUUUGAACAAAUCUGGAUAAAUAAGUUAAGUCAGGUAACUUUGAGAAACACUCACUCUAACAUUGAACAUAGGUUAUAAAAAUUAGCCACACACAAAAAUUACGAUCCGUUUCGUACUAUUUAGGGAAAUGAAAGCUGGCAAAUUUAUUGAUCCUUUGUAAUAUUACCUUUAAUUUUUUUGUGUGUGUAAAUUUUCAGAUUGUAUAAAUAAAAACAGUUUUGGUUAUUAUUAA